AGAGAGAACAGUUCACUUAAAUGCAGCUGCAGUAUUUUUGUGUGAUACCUGUCAGAAUCAUUCCCAGUGCGAGGUUGGGUUUGUGACCAUGAUGUCAAGAUUUGUCUGUCUUCUUUUCUGUGGAUAUAUUGCACUAAACCUGGGAAAUGCUCAGAAAUUGCCAAGAGUGAAAAGGCAGAGUCUGAAGGUUCAGAUCAAUGCAACAGAUGACACCGUUUGCAUGAGAUAUCUUCGACCAAGUCAAAACACCAAACUACAAGGUUUUGUCCUGGGUUAUGGAAGCAACUUCUUUUCUAAUCAGUACAUUCCUUUGCCUUCAGAAGGAAAAAACUAUGUAACAGAACUUGAUGCAGAGCCACGGUAUUUGGUUUCAGUAAGACCAGCACGUGUUUCAAAUAACAAGAAAUCUUGUUCAGGUCGGACCAAGACACAAAAGCCUCUGCAGCUGGUAGUUGGCACUCUCACCCCAACCUCUGUGUUUCUCUCUUGGGGCAUCCUAGUCAACCCUCAGCAUGACUGGACAGCAACAAGUAACUGUGCUAGUGACAGGUUCUAUACAGUUCGCUACAGAGAAAAGGGUAAAGACAAGAAAUGGGUUUUUCAGCUCUGCCCAGUUACAGAGACUGUGAUUGACAAUUUGAAACCAAACACACAGUAUGAAUUCGGAGUUAAAGACAACGUAGAGGAUAGCAUUUGGAGCAAGACUUUCAAUCAUAAGACAGUUCUCUCUAAUAAAAAAGUAAAUGGGCAAUUCCAGAAUAUGUACAAGUUGGUACCCAAUUCCCAAACACAGCUUAUACUGAGUGAUAAUAAGAAGUUGGUCCCUGUCACAAUAAUCAAACAAGUUAUUCAAAAUCGGACGCAGUCAAAAACCCCAGAUAGUUCUUCUCUCCCAGGAGCAAUAUUAGUGCACCUUAUUGUUCCAGGCCUCAAUGAAAGUCAGCAGAAACUUACUCCUCUCCUUACAAUAGAUGGCUUAUCUCCAGCAUCCAGGAAAAAUCUGGCUAAGAAUGAAACUGGAGUUUGGCCUGCGGAAUCCAAAACACCAGAACUUCAAGAGAUCUCCCCACAGUCCCUUCCAGCUCAGGCUGAGAAAACACAUGGACCUGAGGAAUAUAAAUCAACGCCUAAACCCAAAUUGGUGCAAACUCAAAACAUACCGGCUUCUAAUGAAAUACAGCUACUUCCUUCUGGAUCCAGAAUCUCUGAUGCUCCAAAAACUCCAUUGACAGAACAUGCUACUCAGAGUCCAGCCUUGAAACCCAUAACUCCACCUUCUGCAGAAGCCAGAGAGAUGGAAAUGGGUGAAAGGAAGACUCUUCCUUCAAGAUUCACAACAUUUGGCAUACCAGAAAUGCCACCAAUCUCAUCUGCACCCAAGAGACCAGACCUGGAACCGACCUCGUCUGCUUCACCAGUAGCCACCAGGAUGGCUACUCGAAGACCAAGGCUGAAGUCCACCACUCCUUCCUCCCUGGCAACCAAGCAAACUGUGAUGGCUUUUGGUGAAUCAUGGCACGUUUCUUCAAGGUUCAAGACACCAGCAGCCUUUGAUGCCUCCCAUGACUUUCUUCAUGUUACUUCCACUCCCCAAACUUCUGCAUCUGCAAAAAUGUCAGAUCGAGAGACUGCUACCCAGGGACCAAGCCUGAAAUUCACUUCUCAUCCCUCCACGGAAACCAGAGGAAGCAUGAUUGCUUUGGAUGAAAAUCAGCACAUUUCUUCAACAUCUGAAACAUCAGGCAUUCCAGAAAUGCCAUCGGCUGUACCUGCUCUCCCAAGACCAGUCCUGGAGCCCACAUCUUUUCCUUUCCUGAAAACCACAAGGACAGUGAAGGUUACUCAGAGACCAAAGCUGAAACCAACUUCUCCUUACUUUGCAAGCCAAGGAACAGUGGAGGCACCCAAGAGACCAGACCUGGAACCGACCUCGUCUGCUUCACCAGUAGCCACCAGGAUGGCUACUCGAAGACCAAGGCUGAAGUCCACCACUCCUUCCUCCCUGGCAACCAAGCAAACUGUGAUGGCUUCACUGGACUCUAAUCAUAUUACUUUCCUGUCCCAAACAUCUGCAUCUGCAGAAAUAUCAAAAAAAGAUACUGCUACAAGUUCAGCUGACCUGGAAAAAUCUAUGCCUUCACUUUCCAGAACACCUCAAGUGUUAACAACAACUACGGCUUUCGGUGGUAUUCAGCCUGUUCUUUCAAGCCCUGUGACACCUAGUAAGCCUGAAAUAGCAGGUCCUGGACCAGCAGCAACAAGUGAAUCCAUUCUGGAAUCUUUCACACCUAAAACUUCUCGUCCUUUUCAAUGGCCAAGGGUAACAUUAGCUCCAAAAGAAAUACCACUUAUUCCUUCUAAACUGAAACCAUCUGCUACCCCAGAAGUACAGCAUGUGAAACCUGCUCCUAAACCACCACUUUUGGAGCCUAAAACUUCUCAGACUGUUGAACAAUCAAAAGCAACACUAGCUCCUAAAGAAGCAAAACUCACACCUGCAUCUAAACCUAGACCAUCUGGCAGACCUAAAAAGCCACGAACUAAACCUGCAGCAACCAUUCCAGUGUCAGUCACUACUAGGAGUCCCUACACAUAUGAACGUCCAAAGACCGCAGAGGUCGUGGAUCCUUUUACACUUAGAAUUGAACCACCAAGGCCAACGAUAGCUCCAAGGGAGACUCAGCGUGUUCCUUCUAAACCUAAAACUUCACCCAAACCUCAUAUCCCACAAGCCAAGGAUGUCCUGGAAUCCAUAACAUUUAGAACUGAGCAACUAAAACCAACAAUAGUUCCCAAAGAACCACAGCAUGUUCCUUCCAAAGCCCGAACAUCACCAAGCUCAGAGAUGUCACAAACAAAAGAUGUUCUGGAACCAAUUAAGUUUAGAACUGAGAAACCGAAGUCAACAAUAGCUCCUAAAGAUACACGUCCAGGGCCUUCCAGACCUAAAACUUCACCCAGUCCACGUAUUCCUCCAACUAGAGCAAGUCCAAAAGAAAGUCGACGAGUCACUUCCAAGCCCAGGGCAUCACCAAGCCCAGAUGUACCACACACAAAAGCUGCUCCUAAAGCACCACAAUAUAUUCCCUUUAAACCUAGAGCAACUCCCAUCCCAGAUGCUCCACGCAGGAAGCCUGAAAUCUUUCCAACUUUUGAUGAACCAGAUACUACUAUGAUUCCUCGUAUUCCUGAAAGAACAAGGGCAACAUUGGUUCCAACUGAAAAACAGUUCAUUCAUACCAAACCAAAAACAACUGAAAAACCGAGAGUGCCACACACCAAACCUGCAAUACAUCAGACAACUCCACAGCCAAUUAUUACAAAAUCUCCUACUACCACUGGGCAUUCAAAGGCAACAAUGGCUCCAAAAGAAACACUGCUCAUUCCUUCCAAACCCAAAACAUCUGUCUGGCCAGAAGUACCACAAACUAAACCUGCUCCAAGGGCAACACACCUGGGAUCAAUUAACCUUGUAACAGUUCAUGUUCUUGAUGGGUCCAAAAUACCUUUGGUUCCCAAUGAAACAUACCACAUUUCACCCAAGCCCAAAAUUGCUCAAGCAACUGAAAUUCCAUGGUUCGAUACAGCACCUCAUAAAACACGUCUCACUUCCGCAAGACCAAAGCCAUCGGAUAAAUCACAGACCAGACCUGUUUUUAGUAAAACCACACUAGCACCAGCCAGAACAAAAGCACCUGGACUGCCACAGUGGAUUAUGCCAACAACAGAUGAUGUGUACAUACCUGAGGAUAUUACCGGGCAAGUUGCUGUGGAUGUAAAAAAACCUUGGGAAUAUAUUGAUACCUGGGAAAAGCCUAUUUCUGUAACUACAUCGCCUGGCCCUCAGCACCCUCCUAUACCUCCUGCCAAGCCUACACAAAUGAGAAGAAAACCUCUGCCUCCAAACACCGUGACUGGUAAACCAGGGAUUCCAGCUAAGCCUGCUGGACCAACACUGCCUGUGAGGACAGGAACGUCAUAUAGGACACCAACAGCUUUUGCAACUCCAGAGUAUUAUGUUGAUGCAACUGUCUUCAGCUCGAGUCCUACAUCAGAAACAGAUUCUUCAGGAAAACCAAGGUACCAAGCUCCCCAUGUCAAGUACAUGAAGAAAGAUGAUGAUGUGCCUUGCUCUAUCACAAGCUCUCUUGAACAUUUUCCUCAAGAAGAAGCUGGAAGCAAGGAAGAACCCACUCGUCCUCCACAAAAUCCUCCAACCAAUCUCACGGUGGUGACGGUUGAGGGCUGUCCAACCUUUGUCAUACUGGACUGGGAAAAACCAGACAAUGACACUGUUACUGAGUAUGAGGUUGUGUCAACUGAAAAUGGAGGAAGUGAUGGUGAAAAGGAGAAAUCAAUUAUCACUACAAAUCAAACCCAUUCUACUGUGGAGAACCUAAAACCUGACACAAGUUAUGAAUUCCACGUGAAACCAAGAAACCCUCUUGGUGAAGGUCCAAGCAGCAAUGUUGUGUCAUUCAGUACUGAAUCAGCGGACCCAAGAGUGAGCGAGCCAAUUUCAAUGGGAAAAGAUGCUAUUUGGACUGAAAUUCCUUUCAAUUCAGACUCAUAUUCAGAAUGCAAAGGCAAACAGUAUGUCAAGAGGACUUGGUAUAAGAAGUUUGUAGGUGUGCAGCUGUGCAAUUCUUUGAGAUACAAAAUAUACCUCAGUGAUUCACUCACAGGAAAAUUUUAUAACAUAGGAGACCAGAGGGGCCAUGGAGAAGAUCACUGCCAAUUUGUAGACUCAUUCUUAGAUGGAAGGACAGGACAGCAAGAAGAUCUACCCGUCAAAGAUGGAUUUUUCAGGGCAGUUCGUCAGGAACCUGUCAAAUUUGGAAAAAUAGGUGGGGAGACUCAAAUUAACUACGUCCGCUGGUACGAGUGUGGCACAUCAAUCCCUGGGAAGUGGUAGAUGCGACGUGAAGUUGGUGAAGAGGCCCAGCAUGUGCCACCCAUGCCCCACUGCCCAGCGCAGGCUCGAGGACGGCAAUGCUUACGGUGUGCCUGGCACUUCAGUGCCUACUCAUGUGCCAGGGUUUAUACAAGUCUAAUGCCAAUACUGCAUUCAUUGUGUAAUAGCGUAGGCUGCUUACUGUAGUUAUCCAGUUUUACAAAUUUGUUUUUAGAUUAAAAACACAAACAGGCUAGGGACAUGUUGUAGGAUAAUGUAUAGGGAAGCUGGCUCCCUAUUCUUGAGGUAUGGUUUAUAUAGUAUUUUAAAAGAUAUGGUGUGUCUAUUAUUUAUCGUGAUGUUGUAAUAAAUGUUUAAGGCACAGAUAUGGCAGAGUUGGUCACGGAAUGCAAUGUAUGUUAGUUUUUAAAUAUUCCCUGGUCUUCUUGUAAUGCAAGUGCCAUAAGCUACCUGUCCAGAUCCAUCUGUAAUGUCUCCCAGUCAUAAAUUAUAGAAAAGAUCCUAUAAUUUUUAAUAUCCUGCAGCCAGUAAACUUGAAGCACUUUCUCCUUACAUGUAGUUUAUACUCCUGCCAAAAUACCGAGGUAGGUUGCUAUAUGUGCAGUUUUAAAUUAUCAAAUUAGUGGUUUGGGUUUUUUUCUAUGUUUGUUUUCAAAUGCUUCGACUCCAGCAAAAGCCAUGUUUGGCCUGUCAUUAUGGAGUUAGAGCUGUGCCCACGAGCGUGGCGGUGGCUGGCGGGUGGGUUUGGUUUUCUCUGAUUAAAGUGGACAGGUACAUACGUACAUGGAAUGAAACAAUGAAGCUUGGCUUCCACGGCUCCGGCUUUGCAUAAAAAUGUAGUCUUCAGACACUGAGACUUACUGGUUCAAAAGCCAAAUGUAUGUACCAUGCAGGGGAACUUGGAAAGACAAAUGAGAGGAAAAAAAAAUAAGCUAGUUAUAACACCAUGAUCAGGUUUAUUUUAUUUAAGAAGAAAAAUUGUGGUCUGAAACAUUUUUCAUUGGGGACGAAGGGGAAAUAAUGAUAACUGAACUUUAAAACUGCUUUACAGUUACUUUGAUUAAAACCUCUCCCAAAGCUACUUGUUGUACUGCUUGAACAUUUAUGAACUAAAUAAAGAGAUGUAGGUUUUUUUAAA